AUGUAUUCAUGUGCUCCGCAUUUCGUUUCUUUGAAAUUCUCCGGAAUGUUUUCCCCAAAGAUUAUAAGCUCUAUUUGUUCCUCAAAGGCAGAUUUUAAAGUAUUUGCGGCUGCAUCGGAUGUUAAUGAGGCGUCCAGUUACAUACCUGCAGCUCCUAUUCUUCUCCCUGACGGAGUGUGGAAGCAGAUUCCGGGGGGAGUUACUGCUGCUAAGGGAUUUAAAGCCGCGGGCUUGUAUGGUGGAUUACGCGCCAAAGGAGAAAAACCUGAUCUUGCGCUUGUCACUUGCGACGUUGAUGCCAAUGUUGCAGGGGCAUUUACUACCAAUGUGGUUGCAGCAGCACCUGUGGUGUAUUGCAAGAAUGUGUUAAGUAGUACAAAAACGGCACGGGCUGUGUUAAUAAAUGCUGGGCAGGCCAAUGCAGCAACGGGUGAUGCUGGUUACCAGGAUGUGUUAGAGUGCACAAAUGCCCUUGCUACAAUCCUUCAAAUAAGGCCUGAGGAAGUGUUGAUUGAAUCCACUGGUGUGAUUGGUCAUAGAAUAAAGAAGGAAGCGCUUUUGAGUUCACUCCCAAGCCUAGUUAAUUCACUAUCACCGUCUAUUCAAGGGGCAGAUUCUGCGGCAGUGGCAAUCACCACAACGGACCUUGUUAGCAAGAGUGUGGCCAUUGAAUAUGAGGUUCGAGGGACAAGUGUAAGAGUUGGGGGAAUGGCAAAAGGUUCUGGGAUGAUUCACCCAAACAUGGCAACCAUGCUCGGUGUAAUAACAACUGAUGCCCUUGUUGAAAGUGAUGUCUGGAGAAAGAUGGUUCAAGUUGCCGUAGGCCACAGUUUCAACCAAAUCACUGUUGAUGGAGAUACCAGUACCAAUGAUACUGUCAUUGCUUUUGCCAGUGGACUAUCUGGAUCAAAUUGGAUCACUUCUAUGAACAGUUAUGAGGCUGCACUUCUUCAAACAGGUCUUGAUGCAGUAAUGCAAGGUCUUGCCAAGUCAAUAGCUUGGGAUGGAGAAGGAGCAACAUGUCUAAUUGAGGUCACAGUAACUGGUGCAGAAGGAGAGGCUGAAGCAGGAAAGAUUGCACGCUCAGUGGCUGCUUCUUCACUUGUCAAGACUGCAGUAUAUGGGAGAGACCCAAACUGGGGACGUAUAGCUGCUGCUGCUGGCUACUCAGGGAUUUCUUUUGACCCAAACAACCUCCAGAUACUGCUUGGAGAUAUUAUGCUCAUGGAUGGUGGACAACCACUUGCGUUCAAUAGGGUGGCAGCCAGCAACUAUCUCAUUAAGGCUGGUGAGACACAUGGAACAGUGGAAAUUAAAAUCACUGUUGGCGACGGAUCGGGAUAUGGUAAGGCAUGGGGAUGUGAUUUGAGUUACGACUAUGUCAAGAUAAAUGCAGAAUACACAACAUAAAAGGCAUUGUUGGAGUGAAAGUUACAAUGUCCUGUACGGAUGCUCUAGAUUGUUCACCAUGUAUGACUUGGACAAACUAAUAGAAUAAUACGCAGAAAACUCCAUUGCAUCUCGCGAUUAUUCUCAUCGAAGAGUCACAAAUAAUAUUCUAUUUACAAAGCA